CAAGUCCAUGCACCACAAACAGUAUUCAACUAGGAGCCACCAAAAGAAGAAGCAAAAUAAUGGGUGGACAAAAAGCAGCCAUCCUCGCUGCCGUGGCGCUAGUGAUCGCCUGUGCCGCUCCAGCAACAGCCGAUGUGAAUGUCACCGCCUUGUGCCUGCUGGUCAGCAAUGGCAACUACGUGGCCAGCCAGUCGGACUGCUCGACCUACUACCAGUGCCAGGGAGCCUCGUUUACGGCGUUGUCCUGUCCCCAGGGCUACUACUUCGACAAGAAUGCCCAGCAGUGCACGGCCUCUGUGCCGAGCACCUGCACCAGCAACGCUGAUCCCUGUCAGGGCAAGGCGGUGGGAACCUUCGCGGCAUCCAGUUCGUCCUGCGGUGGCUACUACUACUGCGGGGCCUCCGGCGCUGUGGCGGGCAGUUGUCCUGCUGGCGAGAACUUCAAUCCCACCACAAUGGCCUGUGUGUACCAGAACAGUUAUCCCUGCACCGAGUCCUCCGGCAGUGACUCUGGCGAGUCGUUCACCCUCAACCUGUGCAAUCUCGUUAGCAAUGGCGUCUACUUCGGCAGCCCUUCCAACUGCAAUGGCUGGAACUUCUGCCAGGACAACGUGCUGCACUCGGGAUCCUGCGGAGCUGGUCUAGUGUUCAAUGUGCAGGCUAGCAACUGCGGCUACCAGAUGGACUCGUCCUGCGCCCAGGUCACCAACGAUCCGUCCCUGACCGGAGUUUCUGCUCCGACCACUUGCUCCUCGGCGGGAUCGAUCAUCGCAGCCACCGCAUGCAACCAGUACUACCAGUGCUCCGCCGGCAACUAUCAGCUGAUGACCUGUCCCUCGGGAUACUACUAUGAUACCAUCUCGAUGGCGUGUGUGACCAGGAUGCAAGCGAGGAACAACUGCGAUAGAUGUGUUGGCACCACUGCCACCUUCGUGAACGCCUACUCGACCACCAACUGCUCCGAUUACUUGUACUGCGUGAACGGUGUCCAGAAGGGGGUGGAGAGCUGCCCCAUUAACUACUACUUCAACGAGAUCUCCGGAUCCUGCGUGAACGGUGUGGAGCCCACGUUCCACUGCUGUAAUCCCACGGAAAGCGAUGGAGCCUCGUCGACGGCGACGACGACUUCCUCUGGAUCGACUUCCUCUGGAUCGACUUCCUCCGUAACUCCUUCCGUAACUCCAUCCGUAACUCCAUCCGCAACUCCAUCUGUAACUCCAUCUGUUACUACAAGUACAACCACAAAAAAAUAAUUGAUAUAGCAUUUCUGCCAAAAAUAAAAGGCGUUAUAUAAUUCAGCAAACAAAA